CCUUCUCCAUAAAGUUAUAUAUAGUCCCAAACUCUAUGCUAAAACCCUCAAAGCAAAAACCCCUUACACAACAAUGGCAGUACUCACUUCUUCUUCUCAAAAUCUCCAAGUCCACCGUUUUCCUCAAGAUCACUAUAUUGACUCCCUCCGUUGGCUCCCUCAACUCUCCGCUUUCCACCGUCACAUCAUCCUUGCAGCUUUCGAUUCCGAAUCCUCAACUUCUUCACUCCAAAUCUUAAACAGUUCAAAUUCAAGCUCAAACCCACCAGAACUCACAUUUCAAUCUUCACUCACAACCCCAUCAAGAAUCACUUCAUUGACAACUUCGCAAAACCCCAAUAAACCCCUUAUAGCUGCUUCCACGUUUUCGGGUUCGCUGUUGCUUUAUACAGCUGAUUUGGUUAAUGGGUCGUUGGAAUUUGUGGAUUCGGUGGAUGAAAAGGGGUUUCAUUUGGGUCGGGUUAAUGGGAUUGAUGUGAGUGAAAAUGGGUCGGAGUUUGUGAGUGUUGGGGAAGAUGGGAGGAUUAAUUGGGUGAGUUUUGUUGGAGGGGGGUUGAGUACUAGGAAGGUGUUUGAUAGUAAUGGAUUGGUUUCGUAUGGCGCAGUGAAGUGGGCGUCUCCAGUGGAGUUUGUGAGUGGUGGGUUGGGAUUUGGUCUGCAAUGGUGGGAUCAACGACGCCCCGGUGGACCUGUUUCGCAGUUUAAAGCUAAUUGGACACGUGGAACUACUUCUGGAAUUGUACAUUCAAUUGAUAUUCAUCCAUCAAGAAAGCAUACUUGUCUUGCAGGAGGUUCUUCUGGUACUGUGUUUGCAUGGGAUCUUCGCUGGCAACAGCAGCCUAUAAUGCUUUCUGGUGUUGGAACCAGUGAUUUGUCCGCUCUUUCACCAUCAGAAAGUGAUGUUUGGGAGGUCCAGUAUGACAACUAUACUACUUCAUCCAACUACCGAAAUGUGUCAGAAUCACGUGUUCUUCCUGCCAUGAUUUGCUCAGAGGAUGGCAUUCUUGCCGUAAUUGAACAAGGUGAAGAACCCGUCGAGCUUCUUGCUGAACCUUGUGCGAUCAACAGCUUUGACAUUGAUCGACAAAACCCAUCAGACAUUGUUUGUAGUUUGGAGUGGGAGUCCAUAGCCAUCUUGACAAGGUCUUGAUUGCUUCUUCUGAAGCUGAGAACUUUGGCUAUACAGCAGCAGAUUUUGUUGUAUUUUGAAUUUGCUAUAUGGUUGAAUUCUUCUGUUAAUUAUAAUUAUUAUGAGCAUGUGUGUUUUUGUAAAGGAAAAAUGUUGUCAAACCUGAAGGAUUUACAGAUAUAUAUUGAUAAUAUUGACCAACUUUAGUGUGUA